AUGGCACAGAGUGGUGAUGAGGUCAAUUGUGAGAUUAACAAUCUGGUGAUUCCAAACCGCCUCAAUGUGCCCACCGCGACCAAUUUGCCUGAGACCAGUUCACCCUCCUUUGCGGAUGUGGUGCAAAGGCAGCGGUUGGAGCUCGAGCCGCAGGAGGAACAGGGGCAAGCUUUACUGCGGGACAUGCAUGAAGAGUUGCAGGAUGCAUUGCCGCAGAUGCCACAGUUAGUAGAGGGCCACAGUGCGACUGAGAUGGGGCCCGACAUGAGAUUUGAAGGCGGAUGUGACUAUCUUGAGCGACCAUGGGCGAUGCAGACGCUUGAGCAAACACCAGAGAUGCAUUGCUUGCCUCCAUACGCACAGCAAUUACAGCUGCAGAUGUUGCAGCAGAUGCAGAUGCAAAGCGCGCAGAAGUGUCAAGAGUCCAGACCAUCGGCAUGCGAAGCUUUCGAUUCUUUGCAAGGUGACGAAUACCCGAAGAACUAUGCACUCCAAGCAUUGACAGAAGCACUGGAUCGAGCAGAGGUUGAAAUGCUUUCUGGUCGUCAACGUCACUCUGACGUGUCGGAAGUGAUGCCCUGUGGCUUUGAAACCUGA